AUGUCGACCGAUAGUUCACAAUUUGAAGUUGUUCCCGCUAAUGCCUCUGCUUUAGACAACGACGUUUCCUCUCACAUGUCUAUGUUGUAUCAGGAUAUUGUCCGAAACCCCGAACUUUUCUGGGAGAUGCUCCGGGAUUUCCAUGAAUCUUCGGACAAAAAAUUUAAGAUUCCUAUUGUGGGUGGAAAAAGUCUUGAUCUGCAUCGGCUUUUCAACGAAGUCACAUCUCGAGGUGGUCUUGAAAAGGUGAUCAAGGAUCGUAGAUGCAAAGAAGUGAUUGACGCAUUCAAUUUUAAGACAACAAUAACAAAUUCAGCAUUUGUUCUAAGGAAGUCGUAUCUUAAAAUGCUCUUUGAAUUUGAGCAUCUCUAUUACUUCCAAGCUCCACUUUCUACAUUUUGGGAAAAAGAAAAAGCAUUGAAGCUCCUUAUCGAAAAAUCUGCAAACCGUGACAAAGACUCUCAAGAACUGAAACCUGGCACCGUGAUUACUGGGAUCAUCGAUGGGAAAUUCGAAAGUGGUUAUCUUAUAAGCACAAAGGUAGGCUCAGAAAAGCUCAAAGGAAUGCUUUACCACAUUUCUCCUGAAACUAAAAGAGGCAAGAAGAAAGCAAAAUCAUCUCAGGGGGAUUCUCAUAAGCCACCUAAGCGUCAAAGAACCGGUUACAACUUCUUCGUUGCUGAGCAAUCCGUGAGGAUUAAAGCUGAGAACGCUGGACAAAAAGUAUCUAGCCCUAAGAAUUUUGGGAACAUGUGGACCAAUCUCUCUGAAUCUGAUAGAAAGGUUUAUUAUGAGAAAAGUCGUGAGGAUGGGAAGAGGUAUAAAAUGGAGAUUUUACAGUACAGAUCUUUAAUGGAAUCUCGUGUGGCGGAAAUUGUAGCCGCAACUGAUGCAGGUACAAGUGCAAGUGCAGCGGAGACUGCGGAUGAGGCGAGUCAAGAAAAUUUAGCCAAGACUGAUGCAUGCACAAGUGCAAGUAGUGCAGCUGAGACUGAGGAUGAGGUGAGUCAGUAGUGUUGACCGUUGAGAUGGGUCAGUAGUGUUUCUCUAUCGUUGUCUUCUCUAUUUGUUGUAAGUUUAUCUUUAUGUUAUGAGAACUUUGGUUAAUAAUAAGUUGUGGAAUCUUG